UUCAUACUGGCCAAGAACUUUAUCCCCUUAGCUAUAUCUUAGCCUCCAAAGGGGAUUUGGACACAUUACCCAGGGAAAAACUACCACAACUCCUUUGUCCCAGGCCAGCCUCCAUGCUGGGUACAACAUCUUCAGGCUCAGAAACCUCCAGUUUCAUCUGAGACAGCCCUUGCCAAAUCUGAGAAGCUUCCUGGGUCCCCUAUAAUGUGGGCAGUGCUCAUUUCUCCCCCAGUCUGAUCUGUGCAAGACCUUGGCUCAGGAAACAAUGAAGGGAGACACCAGACACCUCAAUGAAGAGGAGGGUACCAGCGGGAGGGAUGACUCAAUUAUCAUCGUCAACGGGGCCUGCAGCGACCAGUCCUCCGACUCCAAGGACGCCCCCUCGCCCCCAAUCCUGGAGGCCAUCCGCACCCCGGAGAUCAGAGGUCGCAGAUCCAGCUCCCGGCUGUCCAAGAGGGAGGUCUCCAGUCUGCUCAGUUACACUCAGGAUCUGACUGGUGAUGGAGACAGAGAUGGUGAGGGGGAGGAAGGAGAUGGCUGUGACACUCCAGUGAUGCCCAAGCUCUUCCGUGAAACCAGGACUUCGUUGGAAAGCCCAGCGGUUCGAACCCGAAAUAACAGCAGUGCUUCCAGCCGGGAGAGGUACAGGCCCUCCCCACGUUCCACCCGAGCCCGGCAGGGCCGCAGUCACAUGGAUGAGACCCCCGUGGAGUUCCCGGCUACCAGGUCCCUGAGGCGGCGGGCAACUUCAUCUGCAGGCACGCCGUGGUCGUCCCCUGCCAGCCCUUACCUCACCAUCGACCUCACGGAUGACGACGUAACACCCCAGAGCAGCAGUACCCCUUACACCAGCCUGGCCCAGGACAGCCAGCAAGACAGCUUGGACUCCUCUCAGGUGGAUGCCGAGGGCAGACACACAGAUGACGUGGAGUAUGAGGACGGGAAAGAGUUUGGCAUAGGGGACCUCGUGUGGGGAAAAAUAAAGGGCUUUUCUUGGUGGCCUGCCAUGGUGGUGUCUUGGAAAGCUACCUCCAAACGCCAGGCCAUGGCUGGCAUGCGAUGGGUGCAGUGGUUUGGCGAUGGCAAGUUCUCCGAGGUCUCUGCAGACAAACUGGUGGCUCUGGGGCUGUUCAGCCAGCACUUUAACCUGGCUACGUAUAACAAACUGGUUUCUUACAGGAAGGCCAUGUACCAUGCCUUGGAGAAAGCCAGGGUGCGUGCUGGCAAGAACUUCCCCAUCAGUCCUGGAGACUCCCUGGAGGACCAGCUGAAGCCCAUGCUGGAGUGGGCCCAUGGGGGCUUUAAGCCCACUGGUGUCGAGGGCCUCAAACCGAAUAACAAGCAACCAGAGAACAAGAGUCGAAGACGCACAGCUGAUGACUCUGCCACUUCUGACUACUGUCCCCCACCCAAACGCCUCAAGACCAAUUGCUAUAACAAUGGCAAAGACCGAGAAGAAGAUCAGAGCCGAGAACAAAUGGCUGCUGAUGUCCUCAGCAACAAGAGCAAUCUGGAAGACAGCUGCUUGCCCUGUGGUAGGAAAAACCCUGUGUCUUUCCACCCCCUUUUUGAGGGAGGGCUCUGCCAGAUGUGCCGGGAUCGCUUCCUGGAGCUGUUCUACAUGUAUGAUGAUGAUGGCUAUCAGUCCUACUGCACUGUGUGCUGUGAGGGCCGCGAGCUGCUUCUCUGCAGUAACACAAGCUGUUGCCGGUGCUUCUGUGUAGAGUGUUUGGAGGUGCUGGUGGGUGCAGGCACCGCCGCAGAGGCCAAGCUGCAAGAGCCCUGGAGCUGCUACAUGUGCCUCCCCCAGCGCUGCCAUGGUGUCCUGCGGCGCAGGAAGGAUUGGAACGUGCGUCUGCAGGCCUUCUUCACCAGUGACUCAAACCUUGAUUACGAGGCCCCAAAAUUGUACCCAGCAAUUCCCGCAUCCCGACGGCGGCCCAUUCGAGUCCUGUCAUUGUUUGAUGGAAUUGCAACAGGGUACUUAGUGCUGAAAGAAUUGGGCAUUAAAGUGGAGAAGUAUGUUGCCUCAGAAAUAUGUGAAGAGUCCAUUGCUGUUGGAACAGUGAAGCACGAGGGGAAUAUCAAAUAUGUGAAUGAUGUCAGGAACAUCACUAAGAAAAAUAUUGAAGAGUGGGGCCCGUUUGACUUGGUGAUUGGUGGAAGCCCAUGCAAUGAUCUCUCCAAUGUAAAUCCAGCCAGGAAAGGCCUGUAUGAGGGCACUGGCCGACUCUUCUUUGAGUUCUACCACUUGCUGAAUUACUCACGCCCCAAGGAGGGGGAUGACCGGCCAUUCUUCUGGAUGUUCGAGAAUGUUGUAGCCAUGAAGGUUGGCGACAAGAGGGACAUUUCACGAUUCCUGGAGUGUAAUCCAGUGAUGAUUGAUGCCAUCAAGGUCUCUGCUGCUCAUAGGGCCCGAUACUUCUGGGGGAACUUACCUGGGAUGAACAGGCCUGUGAUAGCAUCAAAGAAUGAUAAACUCGAGCUGCAGGACUGCUUGGAAUACAGUAGGACAGCAAAGUUAAAGAAAGUACAGACAAUAACCACCAAGUCGAACUCGAUCAGACAGGGGAAAAACCAACUUUUCCCUGUUGUCAUGAAUGGCAAAGAAGAUGUUUUGUGGUGCACUGAGCUCGAGAGGAUCUUCGGCUUUCCCGUACACUACACGGACGUGUCCAACAUGGGCCGUGGUGCCCGCCAGAAGCUGCUUGGGAGGUCCUGGAGCGUGCCCGUCAUCAGACACCUCUUCGCCCCCUUGAAGGACUACUUUGCAUGUGAAUAGUUCUGCCCAGACCUGCUCUGGCACUGGGGUGUGGGGGCAGAGCCAGGGCCACAGAGGUGCCCUGAUUCCUGAAGGUGCUGCCCCCAGCUCUGCCCUUCCUCAGCUCAGCUGUGUGGGUCUCACUGUACCUCAGUUUUCUCCUGCUCAGUCUGAGCAGGGCCACCUGACCCUCUGUUGCAGGCUGAGCCCGAGGUGCUGCCUCCUUGCGCACAAUUCAGACCUGGCUGCUCAGAGCGGCCAAACAUGGUGCUCAUUUUUCUUCUCCUAAGACUUUAAAACUUGAAGUAGGUAGUGAAAUGUUUUUCUCCCCUCUCCUGGGUAUACCACUCAGAGAAAUGAUAGCUAAGAUACCAAAACUACAGUGCUGACAGCUCUCCAAGACUCAGGUCAAUGCUGCAAAAUAAUCCAAGACAGUUAUUGUACAACUUUUUAAAAAUGUCUGCAACUUCAUGUUUACAGGAGUAUUCAGUUGUAGACACAUAGUUGAGGGACAUUUUAAGGGCCUGGGAUGUCUUUUUCUAGGGCUAGCCGAAGAGGAAGUGACAUGUAUAUCUUUCUUGAAUUUUACCCAGCAUAUUUCCCUGCCUUGCUGCAGGCGCUGGAGUCUGCCUUUAGAGUAUUUCCCUUGAUGAUGAUUUCAGCAGGGAUGAUGUCAUCGUCACCACAUUCAGGGCUACUUUUCCCCACUAAUCCAAGGGCAGGGGCCACCCUUACCUAAAUCCCUCCCCUUGACUGCAAUAGAACCCUCGGAGGAGCUCAGGAAAGAAAGGGUGGCUCAGUUGUAUCAUACAAGCUGCCAUGUAUUAGGUGGGCAAGUUCUACCCUUUACCUCCCUCUUCCCUAUGUCAGGGGCCUGAAGGAAGGAGGGACUUUAGACAAGAGCACCCCAAUCCCCUCCCAAAAGACCUACCCUCAAUAGGCAUAGGUCCUGUGAGAAGCCUGAAACCCUAAUUCCUCAUCUGUCUUCAAGAAGCUGUGACAGCCAGAAGCAGAGCACAUUGCCCCUGCAUCUAAGAGAUGGUGGGGAAACUGCAAUAAAAACUUGAUCCUCCUUCCAGAGAUUUUAAAAUCCUUUUUUAUUCCACAAUACAUCACUUUUUUAGGGGAUGGGACGUCAGACACGCUGCAUUUCAGAAAUGCUGUAGUAAUGGUUUUUAACACCUUUUUACUCUUCUUGCUGGUGCUAUUUCGUAGGACAAGGAACAACUUUGACAAGUUUUGUGGGGCUUUAUAUAGUUUUUAAAAUCUCAGUCUUCUAUUUUUAUGUUCAUGUUUUCAUUAAAAUUUUUUUGUAAGUGGAGCCACAUAACAAGUAUGGGGAGAAUAUUGUGCCUUGUUUCAACAGUUUUUGCUAAUUUUUAGGCCAUACAAUAAUGGAUACCUAGAGUUUACCUUAUUCUGUUUAAUUAAAAUCAGUAUUUCUAUA